GCAGGAAGCGGAAGUGGCCGUCGUGGGCUGUGCAGCCCGCAAGGGCGGAAGUGGCUGUCCGGGGAGAGCCCAGCGUGCAGAUGGCGGGCGCCGGGCGCCGAAUGGCUUGCCCCGCGAGGUUGGCGGGGCCCGGGCGCCCGGGGCAGCCGCAGGAGCGGCGACACCAGCCGCGAGGCAAGCAGCGCUCGGGACCAAGGCCCGGGCCGCGCAGCAAAGGAAAGAAGAAAGUGAAUUGUAAGCCCAAGAACCGGGACGAACAGGAAAUCCCUUUCCGGCUCCGAGAGAUAAUGAGGAGCCGCCAGGAGAUGAGAAACCCCAUCAGCAACAAGAAGAGGAAGAAAGAGGCCCAGGUGGCCUUCAGAAAGACAAUGGAGAAGGAAGCAAAGGGACUGGAGCCAGAUAUCACUGUCCCCAAGUUCAGGCAGAGGAAGUGGGAGUCCAGUGGAGCCUACAUCCAGCGCAUGGAGCAAGAGGCCCAGCACGUGCUGUUCCUUAGCAGGAACCAGGUGGACCGGCAACCCGAGGUGCUGGAAGCUACCAAGAAAGAGAAAUCAGAGCGGAAGAAAGCGUUCCAGAAGCGGCGACUGGAUAAAGUCCGGCAGAAAAGGGAGGAAGAGGCAGCAGAAAGGCUGGAGCGAGAGCUGCUCCAAGACACGGUGAGGUUUGGCGAGGUUGUCCUGCAGCCCCCCGAGCUGACCGCCAAGCCCAGGAUGCGCGUGAGCAAGGGCCAGCCUGGCAGGCAAUCUCUGAUGCUGAGAACGCUUCUGAACCCCAGCAGUGUGUCUCAGCCUCCAGCCACCUCGCUGGCCCGCCAACGGAUCAUUGGGGAGGAGAGAGAACGGGCUGUGCAGGCCUACAGAGCACUGAAGGAGCUGCAGCGGCGGGGGGCUCAGCCACCCUGCCUCCCUUCUGGGAAGAAGCCAAAGAUAUGCCUGUGACAGCAAGAGAUGGGGGCUGUCGCACCUGGGUGGUCGAGGCAGCCCUGUGGCCUGCAGCCGAGCCCUUUGCCUGGAGCGUACCCUGGGCCGAGGCGAGGGCUCCAGGUCUGUGCUCCCCCUUGCUUUCUCCCCUAAAAAGUGACCACCCACCAGCCUGUGUCAUGCAGGCUGUCUGAUGUCCCUUACAUGGGGUUGAGCCAGUUGGGCAUACCUACCAUUGUCCCAAGCCUAGUGUUACGGCUUUGUUCUGGACACACAGUUCCGACUUGACUCAACCCAGGGCCAUUUUAGGGAGAGCCAAUCCCAUAAUCCUGUCCCUAAAUGCCAAUGCAUUGUAGACACAGCAAUUUAGGUCCAGUAAGUGGAUGAUGGAGACUGCCAGGGUCAACGGUGCAGGUACAGCGCAGCUGGCAGCCCCAGCCCGACCGACCCAGGGUGAGGGCGUCAGCAUCUCCACCACUCAGACUGCAGUGCUGAGGCAGGUGGGGUCCGCCCAGGCUGUGGUUCGGAUGUGGAGGCUGAUGGCGACACCCACACCAAGAGGGUUGGGGUUUGAUCCUUAUGCCACCCAGGUCUCAGGGGAGACCAGGUUUAGGAUGGCUCAACAGCAAGGGCAAGGUCCUGCUCUGGGUCCUUCGUGUUAGGGGGUAUGUGCUGGAGUCCAGCUCCAGCGAGUCCAGGAGUCCCUGAGGGAUGGACGGUGUCGGCGACUGAAUGGAUGAGGACACAGACACUGGCAAAGCUGAGCCUGGCCUUUAAUGAAAAGUAGCAGCCUGAUUAUAUACUCUGUGAUUACAUGAAGUACAGAUAUGAAUCAUUUAAUUGACACACAGUAUGGUUACAUGAGUCUGGAGAAUGAGGUACAUCGUUUGGCAGGUCUUAGCAGUUAACUUGUUUCUAAGUAAGCUUUGUUCUUAGUUAUUGCGGCCAGAAAAUAUUACAAAGGUUAAGUAGGUGCCAGACUCUUGGAAUCUAAAGUUCACUAUUCUAUUUUUUUAAGUAAUUAUAUUUUUAUUCUCAUGCUUUCAUAUCUAUACUCCCAUUCUUCAUCUCUGGUAGGAAAGAAAGAGGCUCUAAAAGAACACGAUGACCUUCUGGCAGGCAGGGACAAAUUUUAUGGACUGUGCCUCACACCCAUUUUCAGUAAGACUGGAGAUUUUUCUGAGCUGGUUAGGUAAUGCCCUGUUGUCAUGUGUUUUAUAGUUUGCCAGUUGUUCUCUGGCAGGCUAGCCACAGAAUAUCAUUUGUUCUCUGUACCCACCUGCCACCAUUAAUUGAAUAUGUCAUUUGGAGGCCAGGUAGGGGCAGGGGAAGGGACCUUGACCCAGGUAAAUUUUCCGUAUCUUUUUUUCCCAUAAGCUUGCGUCCAGUUCUCAUGGGGGUCUCACUCUCCCAUCAUCGGGGGUAGUCACAAGGGCAGUAGUGAUUUUUUCCAAUUUCCUUUAGGGCCAGCACUCAAAAUUUUCAGGGAGAAUUGGAUAUGGCCUCUUCCCUGAAGGGGCAGCUUGAAUUGAAACCGAAAUAGGCAAAUUUAUUAGAAGGGGCAUUUCGAGCAGGAGGGAAAUCGGUGCUCCUCUGGGAAGGCCACUGUGCAGCCCCUUCCAUCCUGCUCCCAACAGGUGCUAGGUUCCCGCCAAUGCCAGGGCCUGCAGGGUUUGAACCUCCCCACUGGCACCAAGGCGGGAGCAGCCAGGUGUUAUCUGACCUGGGGUACAGGUGAAAGGUGGGGAGGCUCCAAAGCUUUUGGAAAUUCAACAGCAAGGAGGAGGGCCACAGUUGAGAAGGCCCAGCCCAGUCCCAGCAGGGCAGCCCUCAAGAGUGUGUGGAGACUGGUGGGUCCUGGGGAUCCCUUUGCCCUUCCCAGAGUUUGUAUCUACAAGGAAGCUUAUUUUCCAAUUAAACAUUUAAACUGAGGAA